AUGGUAUGCUGUCUGAGCCGUUAUGUCUGGAUGUACCCUCUGAGAACGAAAACAGGCAGGGAGGUUGCUGAUGUAUUCGAACAACACUUUACUCGGGCUGGGAGAGGUGUCAGGUUGGUUCAAAGUGACAAGGGCACGGAAUUCUGCAACCGGGAGGUGUCUAAAGUUUUCCGAAAAUGGGGUGUUUCAUUUCGUUCUCUGGAAAAUCGCGGGAAAGCUGCCAUGGCUGAAAUCGUCAACAGGACAUUGAAAACACCGCUAUGGAAGCAUUUUGAGUACACAAACAGCUGGCGAUGGAUCGAACCCCUGUCGCAAAUUGUGUCCAACUACAACCACACUAUUCACGGUGCCACGGGCAUGGCACCCGCUGAUGUCACAGAGAAGGAUGUCUUCAAAAUCUGGUCAACAAUCUACCUGCGACAUACAGCUCCACAAUUGCUACGACGACGUCAACGGGCAGCUCAGAAGGCCAACGACGAGCGAGGCGACUCAAACCGACGGGUCAGCAACAGCGGCGGCAAAGCAACGACGACCGCUCCAGUUUUUAAACCAGGUCAAUUCGUCCGCAUUUCGCUAACUAAGGAAUUCACCGAGAAGGGCUACACGGCGAAGUUUUCGAGGCAGAUAUACAAAGUCGCUAAGGUCAUUCCAUUCUCGCCAGUUCACAUGUACACGCUGACAGAUCUAAACGGCGAGUCUAUCGUUGGUCGCUUCUACGGCCAUGAGCUUCAGCGAAUCACACCCCCUACUUCGGACACGGUUUACAGAAUCGAGCGAAUUUUGGAUCGCCGAGGACGCAAAGGUCGCGAUCUGCAGUACCUGGUGCGUUGGGCCGGGUAUGAUAAAAACUUUGAUUCGUGGGUCCCCGAGAGGGACUUGCAAGACAUUGAAGAGUUGAAGAAGUAG